CCCCCCCCCCUCUUCCACCACUGUCUUUCUAUUAGCAUAUUUAGUGAUGGGGCUCCUGGGGUGAGUUGAUGUUUUGAAGUCUCAGGAACGUCUGGAGUGCUUUUACCGUUGUUUUUUUUUUGUAAACCUUUCGACCAAUAUUGAUAUAGUCAGUUGUUCUUCUCGGUGCGUAUCUUUACGAUCCUAUAUAUUUGCGAAACCCGUUGGGAUCUGGCCAUCUUUCGUUCUGUUUUAGUUCCUUUUUUUUUUUUAGAGAUGAAUGCACUGUAGUUGAUCCCGGCAAUGACAUGGCUGUGCAAACGCAACCAAUCAAACAGCAAUAAAAAAAAAUAUACAGAUUCUACGUUUGUUAGGAAAUAAGAAACAAAAUCCUCAGUACUGUUUACGCUCGAGAACGGGCAAUGCUUCUUGAUCACCUGUGCGCGGUCUGGACUCAAACGUAUUUCUCUGUUGUGCUCUCUAGUGUUGUGUUAAACCAGAUGCAUACAACCCUUUUUUUUUUAUUAUUGUAAAGAGCUGUGUCAUGGGAUGAAAGCAAAUAUGUUCCUAGAUGUUUUGUCACCAAUGUUAACGAGGAAAGUGAAUAAUAUUUAUAUUUAAGGGAUAUUUUAGAUUUUAGAUAUGUUAUCCUGGUUAAUAAUGCAUUAGUUAUGGGAAGGUAUGGUCAGGGAAGUGUAAAAUACAAAUGGCUACAAAACAAAACAAAUACAGUCUAUUCUAUUCUGCCACCAAAUAAAGUCGCAGUGCUCUGUGCAACGACACAGAGACUGGGUUUCAGUCGUUCUCUCCUCACACAUUCUCUUAGCCUCAAGUGGAGGCAUGGUCCCAGUGCGUAACAGAUUCUGCCGGGACUAUAGUUUGCAGAAAGAUACCAAAGUAUUCCACAGACAGUUACUGGCUUGAAGACAUCUGAUCUUUAAUCAAUCUCAGGAAAGAAAAUCCCUCAAGUAGAUUUAUCAGCCAGAUAUCAGAGAGAAGUAUAUUUUCCCCUAUUUACAGUGGUAGAAGUAACCAUUACAUCGGAUUUCCAUUUCUUUCUUUUUUUUUUUUGCUAUUACACUCUGUUGAGAAAUUCUCUUGCGGUAUUAUGUAAUACCCUGAUGUGAUGCUUUAGUCAUUUGUUUGUAAAAUUGUUUGUGAAAAUGUCUGGUUAAAAAUGAUUAUGCCUUCCUAGGGCCACAAAAUGGAAUUUCUUUUGUUUUAAGGAAAACUAUUUCCGCACUAUUUCCCUCCUUUUUUAUUAGUAUUUCUUUGUUUAAUUUUUUAACUCCUUGUUAAAGAUUAUUUGCAUCUGGGGCUCCCCGGUGUUUAUGCUGAAUUUUUUUUACGUUUACUCCACCACAAAGUCUCAGACACAAGUUAUCAUCUUGAUACGGCCCAUUCUUUAAAUACUUCUAGUGCUUCAUUGUAACCCAUCCAUUGUAAUAUUCUCUUGAGUAAACAAAGGCUCUCCUCUCUGUUGCUUUAAGUUUGACGUCAGAGUCAGAGCUUUAAACGUCUUGGAUGUGGAACGACACUGAGACAAAAUACUACAUUUUUAAGAACGUUGUUACUCUGUUAACUAGUGUAGUUUGGCGUUUCAGCCUAUGUUUUUGUAUAAUUUUGCACUAAGAAUGGCAUAAUCAAGUUACUGUUGUCCUGUUGGUUAUGAUGGAGAUUUGCAAGCUUGUGUUCCUGACCUGAAGAAUUGCUUCUUGUAAAGUGUAACCGACAUACCUGUCGCCCCCUCUCCACCUUCUGCAUAUUAUAUAAAUGUCUUCACAUUCAAAUAAUUUAUUGCUAACAAAAAAAUGAAACAAAAACAUGCUACUGAUUGUAUGUAUUUUUAAACAAAGACUAUUUUUUUUUGUAAAAAAAAACUGUUCAGCAACUGUGUUCAGCACUUUUAUUCUGGGUUGUGUUUUUGUUUUUCUAUAUAUUUAUAAUUUAGAUCGAAAUGUGUAUAUAUUGUAAAAAAUUGUGCCUUUCGACUAAUUCUUUUAAAAGUUUUCUACUCAUAAAAGGAAGGAAUAUAUCAUAUUGCAAUCGUAUCUUUGUAAACAAAUAAAAAUUUAAAGAUUGUGGAAAUAGUUCCCCAUCUUUAUUGACAUUCUACAUUUUAACUUAUUGUGGUUUGCCAGGGGAUGAUAUGUUGCAUUUGUCAGCCUAUUCACUAUUACUAUUUAGUAUCUAUAUUACUAUUUACUCACCAACUUGAAGCAGAUAGUCAAGUUUAUUUGCAUAGUCCCUAAUCACAAAUACAGCUUUAAAAGGGUAAGUAGGGCAAGUACAAUCUCCAAAACCCAGUGGGAAGGAACCGCAGAGAAAAGGUAUCACUCCUCAAGGAAAACUAGCUGUUCCAGGCAGGCAUUCAAUGAAGAAGAGAAAAUAACAGGUAAAAAAUACAAAUUAAUGGUUUAAUUAAGGCGAAUAUACAGGGUUCAUGAAGUUAUGAAGUAAUGAAAAACUAUCAUCUGAACAGCGUGAAAUGAACCUGAAAAAAACAAUCGUAGAUCAGUUCAUGUGGGGCUGGUUCGAACUCCUACAACUGUCAUCAAAAACUUGGAGGCUGGCGAAAGGAACCACUAGAGGGUAGUGUCGUGUAAGUAACCACUGCCUCCUGUCCAACAGCUAAAGUACAAUCCAUCGUUAGCACUGCAGCAUAUAUCUGCAGCACACUGUACCUAAAGAACAAAUCAUAUUUCGUUCUUGAAGGAUUUUUUAACUCAUUAUACAAUUACAGUGAAAAAACAGCAAAACGGAUAUUCCUUAUAAGGUCAGCGCGUAUCGUGGACUGUCAUUGGCGCGUGGUUCAUUAUACAGUUUGCGCUGCCUACGUGAUGACGUAAUGAAACUCACCUGGACUCGUCACCACUAAAAGCCACGCCCCUGGUCCACAGGUAGAAUGAAUCACUUUAAACUCUUUAUUUGUCAGUCUGCGUAAUGUGUUUUCGAGAAGAGUGAACAGGCUACUUGAUCGUUUGGACAGUCUUGGAUAUUGCAAAAAAAAUACAGAAACCAGGCAUGGAAGAGUUGAUGAUAUGGGAGCAGCACACCAUCACACUGAACAAAGACCCCAAGAUGGGGUUUGGCUUCGCCAUCUCCGGCGGCCGGGACAAGCCCAGCCCAGAGUCCGGGGACACGGCCAUCGUGGUGUCUGACGUGCUGCCCAACGGACCGGCCAUGGGCAGGCUGUUCACCAAAGACAACAUCGUCAUGGUCAACGGGGUUUCCAUGGAAAAUGUCUUCUCCAACUUCACUAUCCAGAACCUCAGGUCAUGUGGACAGACGGCCAACGUGACGGUGAGGCGUCCCCGUAAGAUCCAGCUGCCUGCGAGCACGCGGCCGACGCGCGCCGUCUCCCACUCCAACCUGCUGGACAGCGACACCCUGACGCGUCGGCCCCGCCGCUACUCGGACGGCAGCGACAAGGGGCGCAGCCGGCAGCGCGCCCGCAGCAACACGCCCGACCGCAACGGCCACAGCAACACGCUGCCGCUCAUGAACACCAGCUACAAGCGGCUGCCCAACAACGACGUGGCGGAGAAGCCCAUCAAGGCCACGCUGCUGAAGAAGAAGCUCAACGACGAGUACGGAUUGAAGCUGGGAAGCCAGAUCUUCAUCAAGCACAUGACCGACACGGGCUUGGCUGCCAAGGAGGGCACCUUGCAGGAAGGAGAUCUCAUCCUCAAGAUCAACGGCAUGACCACGGAGAACCUGUCCCUGCUGGAGACCAAGCACCUGGUGGAGAAGAGCCGGGGCCGGCUCACCAUGACGGUGCUCAGAGACAGCCGCAAGUUCCUGGUCAGCAUCCCCGAGGUGGUGGACAGCGCCCCCAACAGCGAGGAGGACCGUCGCCACGACAGCAGCUCCGAGCUGGAGGACAUUUCGGACCUUGACAUGGACAUGCCUUCUCCGAAAGAAAGAGUUUCCCGGCAUCCAACGAGAGAAAGAACAGCACGAAGAACACGAACCCAAGUCCCGCCUCCAGCCAAGUCCCGAGACUCCUCCCCCGUACGCUCCACCCUCACCAGGCCUGCAGCCCGGCCCCCCUCCUCUCGCAGAGCCCUGAGUGAGUCUGAGUCGGACCACAGUCCCUCCCCUCCACCUCCCACCCGGAGAGGAGACACCAUCGAUACAAGGGAUAAAUACAAGAGUCUCUCCGGUCUGUCCAUGCUGCCCGACCCUCGCUCCUCCCCCAUGGCCCAGAAGUGGGCCCCCCCCCGCACCACCUCGGCCGCCUCCAAGCCCCGCAAGCCCGUCUCCGAGUCGGACUCGGACCGGAGCGUUUCCCCUCCCCGCCUGCGGCAGGAGAGCCCCCGGCCCAACUCCAGAUACAAGGUUCUUCCGGACUUGCCCCUCCCCGUGAUGAGGGCGUCCCCCAUCAAUGUUCGCCAGGAGCCCCUACGGCGAGUCAGCUCCCCGGUCAGAGCACCACCCCCAGACUCUGAGUCCGAGUCAGACGAAAGCACUAACUACCCGGCGAGGCAGGGCACACACUACAACCAGGACUCGCGGGAUAAAUACAGAGUCCUCCCCGAGCUAGCCACCGCGGUGGCCCCGAAGGUGGCCCCCAAGCUGGCCCCCAAGCCCCGCUCCUGGUCCCCGCCCAGCGCCGGCGCCUUCCCCACCUCGCUACAAAAACCCGCGUCAGACUCUGAGUCGGACGUGAGCUACAGCUCGGUUCCCCAGAGGAGGGGGUCCUCCGAAAGUGGGGGGUCACACAUGCUCCAGGAGCGCUACAGGGUGUUACCGGAGACACAGGCGGCCCCGCUGAGACACACGGCCUCUAAAACCUCAGCAGCAAGCAGACCCACUCAGGACGAUUCCUCCGGGUCCGACCAACUCCGCCACCUCCGGAGGUCUGGCAGUUCGGAGCCAGGGAGCCAUCACGGACCCCGUCCGUCUAAAAGCGGCACUUCUAAGUCUGGGGUUUCAGGAAAGAACAAGCCUGUCUCCUCCAAGCCAGUGGAAGAACCCCUCUACUCCUUGCCCCCAGAUUCCUAUCCGACACCCAACGUAGGGUAUAGCUCCGACCUGCACACAGUGUCCUUCAUCAAAGACGGCAGCAUCGGUCUGAGGCUGGUGGGAGGCAACGACGUCGGCAUCUUUGUGGGCGGAGUCCAGCCGAGUAGCCCCGCCCAGGAACAGGGGAUGCGGGAGGGGAGGGACCAGAUCAUGCAGGUGAAUAAGGUGGACUUCAACCACUUCACCAGGGAGGAAGCCGCCAACUACCUGCUCCACAUCAAACACGGGGAGCCGGUGGAGAUCUGCACGCAGAACAAGAUGCACCUCUACAAGAAGAUCCUCAAGUCCAGCCUGGGCGACAACUUCUACGUGCGGACCCAUUUUGACCACGAGGCGGACACCCCCGUGGGGCUGUCCUUCACCCGGGGGGAGGUGUUCAGGGUGGUGGACACCAUGCACCGCGGCAAGCUGGGCAACUGGCUGGCCAUCCGCAUGGGGAACGACCUGCAUGAGCUGGACAAAGGAACCAUCCCCCACCAGGCCAAGGCCGAGACGCUGGCCGUCAUGGAGCAGGCCCAGCGGGCCAGCGGGGAACGGCAGGCCUCUGGGCCCAGGGCCGAGUUCUGGAAGCUGAGGGGACUCCGAGGGGCCAAAAAGAACGUCCGCAGAAAUCGGGACGACCUUCUGCAACUCACCAUCCAGGGCAAAUUCCCUGCUUAUGAGAAAGUGCUUCUCAGAGAAGCUAAUUUCAAGCGACCAAUCGUCAUCCUGGGUCCUCUCAAUGAUAUCGCCAUGGAAAAGCUGGCUAAAGAAAUGCCUGAUGAAUACGAAGUGGCAGAGAUGGUUCCCCGUAGCGGUGGUGGUGACAGUGCCUCAACGGUCAUUAAACUGGACACCGUCAGGGCGAUCGCUGAGAAGGACAAGCACCCCCUGCUGGACAUCACGCCCACUGCAGUGGAGAGGCUGAACUAUAUCCAGUACCACCCCAUGGUGCUCUUCCUGGACCCUCACAGCCGCAAGGACAUCAAGGCAAUGAGGCUGAAGUACAGCCCCAACUCCAACAAGAGUUCCAGACGCCUGUACACCCAGUCCCUUAAGAUUAGGAAGCACUGUAGCCAUCUGUUCUCAGCACGCGUUGACCUGCAGCCGAGCUCCAACGUUUGGUAUGAUAUCCUUAAAGACAAGAUCCGUCACCAGCAGGCUAAACCAGUCUGGGUGUCUGAGGUUACGCUGGAGAGUGGCGCGGAGCAGGACCUGGACACGCUGGACCAGAGCCACUCGGACUACCUGAGCGCCGCCAGCGACCUGGAGGACACCGACGGCGAGCCCUUCACCGACGGCGAGAUCUACACGGACAACGAGGACCUGGACGAGGCCUUCCCCGGCCAGGGGGCCGCCGCCGCCGCCGCCGCCAAGAUCCAGCGCGGCCGCGGCACCACCAGCGCCCUGGCGCGCUCCUCGGAACCCGCCCACGAGUCCCUCUCGGACCUGGAGCCCGUCCCCGAAGCCGAGACCUACUCGCUCAGGGAGGUGCCGCCGCUGAUGCACGUGCACGUGCCGGAGCCCCGGCACGUGCACCAUGAGGAGGACGAGGAGGAGGAGGACGACCGUAGCUCCCCGCGGCGCGCCGAGAGCACCAGCCCGCAGGACAACCACUCCCACCGCAGCUGGUCCGGCUCGGACGCCAGCGACGCGGAGCCGGCGGGCCGCGGGACGCCGGCGGUGUCGGAGGGACCCCCGGACUUUGUGGCCCCCGAUCCCACGGGGCGGGGCGCCGGGCCGAUGGAGGACGAGGGGAGGGAGAGCGACCCGGAGAGGGAGAGCCCCCCGCCUGCCUCGCUGUCACUCAUCGAGGAGAAGCUGCAGCAGGCUCGCCAGGCUGAGCCACAGGAGAAGAAGUCUUCGCCCGCCUUCAUCGUGCUGGCUCAUCACCAGGCGCUCCAAUAUCGGCGCACGCAGAUCCGAGGCAGCGACAGCUCGAAUGAAGAGGAGGAGGCCGAUGACGUCGAGUGGGGGCCUGCGACCGAACUCUAAGUUCUGGAACUCCACGGAACAUUGGGUUUUUCGAACCCAACUUUAUUGACAGGUUCCACGUUGCAGAGUCCAUUGCGCAAUUCCUACAGUUGAUUCUCACCGUGGUCAACUGGCACAUAUGGGAGGAGGAGCGUUUUCAUCUAACUGUAAAGCCAAUGACGACACUCCCUUUGAGAGAUCAAUUUAUUCAGUUUAGAAGAUGGUGGGCGGCCAUGUUCAUGGUGCAUAUCCAGGGUAUGAUUAAUUGGACGAUGGUGUAUUGAUUGCCCUUUUUUUUUCAUAUCCAAAGAAAUAUUUUAUUUGAUCAAUGUAAUUAUGAAAAUGUCCUUUGUUCAGUUUUUGUAUUCAUGCCAUAAAUGCAAACAAUGGGUAUUGUUUUAGAUUGUUUUAAUAAAUUCUAGUUUUAUUAAAACUAUUGAGAUUGUUCAUUACAGCUGUAUUUUAGGAUUUGUAUUAAAUACUUGCAUAAUAUUGUAGUCGAUUUCUUAUAGCAAAACGGGCCAUAUCCAUGUUCAAUUUUUAUGUUUUAGCAAUUUUUGUUAGCAUCGUAUGCUAUUCAUGGGAAGGUGUGCCAAAUGUUUGGUAAUCUGCCGCCACUUUGGGUCAGAGUAAAUAAUCUGCAUUCCAUUUUAUUGUCGUAGUCGCAUUUUACCAAUUAAUUAUCAUACCAGGUGUACCCACUCUAGCAAUAUAUAAUAAUUCAAUAUACAUUUUUAUAAAAUAUUCCAACACUAACCAUUUUUGUCUCU